AUGGACCCUAGUGACCUGCUUGCAGAACUACAAAGCCUCCUCCGCAUUCAAUGUGAACCACCCGUAUCAAUCAUACAGGAGAAACUCUCCGAUCCAGCUCGUCUCGCGUUGCUAAGAGCAUACAAUGCAACACAGCCACAGGUUCACUUCAUUCUCGAUCGUGGCCCUCCUCCACAAACUGUUCCUCUGCAUGACUAUGCAGUCUUCUAUCGUUACGGACUUCUCGAUGGUCGCCGCAUCACACCAGCAUCUCAAAGCAAGCGCACAUCUGCAGGGUCUUCUCUUGUCAAGGUUGAUUAUGAUGGACGUUUGUGGUAUGGUGAGAUCAUAAAUAUCUUGCGACACCCGGAGCAUGGCGUGCCUGGUACAGUGACCGAAACCUUACUUGCGGAGUUUCGCUGGAUGAAAGAAGCACUUUCUCCUGUUAACAACGAUCCAUGGAGUGACUUGCAAGUAUCUGCUUUCCCAGAACUAGAUGUUGUUUGUUUCGCGAUCAAUGAAUAUUGGCAACCUAAUGAGCAAGGUUGUCCACCUAUUGUCCUGCCUUUUGAUCGGAUCAUUUGUCACACAUAUGGAUAA